AUGCGUUACGUUUCAGACUUGCACUCACUUGUGGUUGUAGAGAGAAUCGUGCGUCCUCUUCGUUCGCCAUUGCAAAACAAAUGGGCUGAGGUGGUAGAUAAGAUAUCGAUGAAUGGCCGGGACCCAACGGUUACUGACUUGACGGAGUUUGUGAACACGCUCCAGGGUUGUACGGAGUCGGUGGAUAGGGAAGGGACAAGGUACCAGCUUACUACAAUCAUUCCGAGGUGGCUACACUUCCAAGCACUCAUUCAGGUAAUCGGGAUGGAAUCUGACAACAAGAACGCCAUUGACAUCGAUUAG